AAAAGGAAAAACAAAAUAUCUUCUCCGAAAGAAAAGCACUAAAUGUGGAAAAAAGUAAAACAAAAAUAUUUGGGAGGAAUAGAAUAGAAUAGAAAUGGGGAAUCAUUGUUUGUCUGUAAAUUGCAUCGCUCCCUGAAACUAAAACUCAAAACCCUAGCUGCCCUCAACACCCCCGCCACCACCAUCAACACCGCCACCGCCACCACCACCAACGGCGUCGUUGAAGUAACGGCAUGAUUAGGUGAGAACCGAUUCGAAUCGAAUAGAGGAGUAAAAAAGCCAAAGAGUUCGUUAUGUACAGAGAGCGAGUCGGCGUCGGAUCCAAAUCGGAGGUUGCUUCCGUUGAUCGGAAGCGAAUCAACGACGUUCUCGAUAAACAGCUGGAACGAUCCUCCCCGUCCACAUCCAGAGCCAUCAACGGCAAGGAUAGGUCCUCCUCUUCCCUCUUAUCCGCCAACAAGGAUCACAGAGACUCUCGCUCUACCUCUGCUCCUAUCUCCAAGAAUUCCAACGCUUCUGAUGAGGAGUCUGAAACGGAUAGUGAAGAGUCUGAUGUUAGUGGUUCUGACGGAGAUGACACGUCUUGGAUCUCGUGGUUCUGCAAUUUGAGAGGGAAUGAAUUCUUUUGCGAGGUUGAUGAUGAUUACAUCCAGGAUGAUUUCAACCUAUGCGGAUUGAGCAGUCAAGUGCCUUACUAUGAUUAUGCGCUGGAUUUAAUUUUGGAUGUUGAGUCCUCCCACGGUGACAUGUUUACUGAGGAACAAAAUGAGUUAAUUGAAUCAGCAGCUGAGAUGCUUUAUGGUCUAAUUCAUGCUCGGUACAUAUUGACAAGCAAAGGAAUGGCUGCCAUGUUGGACAAGUACAAGAACUAUGAUUUUGGCAGAUGCCCUAGAGUUUAUUGCUCUGGACAACCUUGUCUCCCAGUUGGUCAGUCAGACAUUCCUAGGUCUAGUACCGUGAAAAUAUACUGUCCUAGGUGUGAAGACAUUUACUAUCCCCGGUCCAAGUACCAAGGCAACAUUGAUGGAGCUUAUUUUGGAACUACCUUUCCUCACCUGUUCCUGAUGACUUACGGACAACUAAAGCCACCGAAACCAUCACAGAGCUAUGUUCCAAGAGUUUUUGGCUUCAAACUUCACAAGCCCUGAAGCUGAAAUGUUAAGCUUCCAUGAAAGAGCGUGUUGUAAAGAAAAUUGCAGACAUGUCAUGCAAGUGCUUAGUUUCAAUUUCAGCUUGGAAUUCAGUGAGCUUCAAGUUCAAUGAGAAAGUGCUUAGGUACUUCAAUGCACACUUAAUUGCUAAUUGUAUUCUUGCGAUUAGUUUCACUUCAUGUUGUUUAUGAUUGUCUCAGAUUACAGAUCUCCUGCUAUUUUAUAUUAUUUUAUUCUAUUUGCUUCCUUCCCACGUUUCCGCAGCGUUUGAAUUUGGAUUGGACUCGAUGGGUUCACACAUUAUUUUUAGUCUGAUUUUAUAGUUCAAUUGCCAUAAUGAUAAUGUUAAGCCCGUCCUCCCAAAUCAAUAAUGAUUAUAUAGAAUAUGAAUACAUUAUACCCCUCAAAGGUCUGUGAUUUGUGAAUCUUCUCACCAUGCGCUUGCUUGUGUGCAUGCAUAAGUACUCUCUAGAUGUGGAAGAAUGAAGAUAUUAUUUUGAAAUUUGACGUCUGAUAUAAUAGAAGACAUUAACAUCUCG